AUGGAAAGUGAUGAUACUUCUAAUUUUGCGGCUGUUAACAUUGCUUUGGAAUCUGAUAAGAAAGUUAAACUAAAGAAAUUGAGAAACCCUGAAAGAGUGGGAAAGAAGCAAAAGGCUGUCGAUGGUUCUCCAGGUGUUACAGUUGUUACUGAGACUCCGCUACUGGGUGCUGGGCUUUUACUACUUAAAAAGUUUGGUUGCAAAACCUCAGAUGAUUCAGAUGAUGUUCCACAUUCACCAUUACCAAAUUCUGUAAAUGUGUUGCCUGAAACGGUGGAAAAGAUGAACACACCUAUUGAUGCAUCUCCGGGUGUCACAGUUGUUGCUGGUACGCCACAAAUUGUCACCUUACCUUUGGGACUUAGACAGUUAAGUUCUGGGAGCAAAGACAAUUCAGACCUUGUUCCAAGUACACCAUUGGCAAACUGCAGUUUUCUGAAAAAAUCUACACCAAAUAAAACCCAGACAACAUCACAUCAGAUGCAGACAACACGAAAUCAAAAGCUGAAAACAGAAAGCCAGCAACAAACAACACCAAAUAAGAAGCAGACAGCAUCAAGCCAACAGCAGACAACACCAAGUCCAAAGCAGACAACACCAAAUCCAAAGCAGACAUCAAGCCAACAGCAAACAACACAAAGUCCAAAGCAGAAGACACCAAAUCCAAAGCAAACAACACCAAAUCAAAAACAAACAGCACCAAAUCAAGAACAAACAACACCAAAUCCAAAGCAGACAACACCAAGUCCAAAGCAGACAACACCAAAUCCAAAGCAAACAACACCAAGUCAAAAACAAACAACACCAAGUCCAAAGCAGACAACACCAAGUCCAAAGCAGACAACACCAAUUCCAAAGCAGAAGACACCAAAUCCAAAGCAGACAACACCAAAUCCAAAGCAGACAACACUAAGUCCAAAGCAGACAACACGAAGUCCAAAGCAGACAACACUAAGUCCAAAGCAGAAGACACCAAAUCCAAAGCAGACAACACUAAGUCAAAAACAGAUGACAGUAAAUCAGAAGCAGACAACACCAAGUCAAAAGCAGGCAGCAAUAAUCAUCACGUCUUCAUCAACAAAAGUAAAAUCAGCCAGUGAUGAGUGGAGACCUAUUCCUACCAGACAACCCAGAAUAUUGACAGAGAUGUCUGAGAAGUCGCUUUCGGAAAAUGUACAGGAUCAAGCAGAAACCGUAUCUAGUAGUGCAAACAGUUCAUCCACUGAAGAUUUAGACACAACACAUGAAGACAUUCAGUUUGAGAUUCCUAAUUUAGAUCUACAACCAGAAGAGAUAAAAUUUCGACUGACCCAAUUGAGUGAAGAUGCGAAUUCUGUCACGGGCAGUCAAGUUAUACAAGUUCCAGAAAGUGAUGAAGUUAACAGCAACAAGUGUGUUUUAAGCACACCAGACAAUAUUAAUGGAUCUGACAUUGUUUUAUCUGCAGCUAAUGUAAACACCAUUCCCGAAAGUAUUAAUGAAGCAGAUUUGGUAAUAAAUUUGAAAGAUCAGGGGAUACAUUUAAGUAGUUUAGGUGGAUUUUCAGACACGGAUCAAACAAAUGAUCGUGUUAAUCAUUGUUCAACUGAUCAACAGCAAACUGAAAUUAAUUCUCCAAUAAAUUCAUACUUAAAUCAGGAAUCUUCUAAAGUGAAGAAGUUGAACAGAAAUAAUAAAUUAAAGUUGAAGGGGAAAAGUGAUAGAUGCCAGUCAAAGGAUGUUGUUGAAAGUUCGUCUGAUGAACGUGGUAGAGAUACUGUUAAAUAUGUUUUAAAUUCUCCACGGCUUGAUGCAAAUGUAAAUGCAGAUGUUCCCACAGCCACAAACCCAACAGAAAAUAUUAAAAUUACUGAAAAUAAAAGCAAUUAUCCUGUUGGAGAGAAGGAUUAUGGCUCAUCUGUUGAUAGUCAGACGUCAACAGUGUUGAAUUCUGCUUCAGACAAAGAUCAUGUUAGUACUGAAAAGACUAAUGACUCAGGUGUUUAUAAUACAAAUGUGCUGACAAAUUCCAACUUUUCGGUAGAUGUUGUCCCCUGUACCUGUUCCCCACUAACACUGAGUGCAUCCAAUCCAAAGAUAGAAUCACCAUCACACUGCCCUAGACAUCCUUCAAAAUCUGUGCCUGCUCAAGACGAUGUGCCAAAAGUUUCAGGAGAAUCUGAGAGCACUGUAUUCGAAACUGCAAGUGAUCAAAGUAUUUCCAUCUUAGCCCCAGUUUCCAACAAGGACAAGAAUACCACUCCAGAAGUCUUUGAAGUUCUAAAUCUUUUGGACUGA